AACAACACGUAACGUACCAGUGGUAGAUCGUCCUUCGCAACUCAACAGUCGGUGUGCGUGUUUCGAUAUAACCAGAGAAGUGAAAUGGCGCCGACGGUGGAGGAGAUUAGAAAGGGGCAGAGAGCGGAUGGGGCGGCGGCUGUGCUGGCCAUUGGCACGGCCAACCCUCCCAACGCCGUCCUGCAGGCCGACUACCCUGACUACUACUUCCGCAUCACCAACUCCGACCACAUGUCCGACCUCAAGCUCAAGUUCAAGCGCAUGUGCGACAAGUCGAUGAUCCGGAAGCGGCACAUGCACCUGACGGAGGAGUUCCUGAAGCAGAACCCCGACAUGUGCGCGUACAUGGCACCCUCUCUGGACGCGCGCCAAGACGUGGUCGUGGUCGAGGUCCCCAAGCUAGGGAAGGAAGCGGCGGUCAGAGCCAUCAAGGAGUGGGGGCAGCCCAAAUCCAAGAUCACCCACCUCGUCUUCUGCACCACCUCCGGCGUCGACAUGCCCGGGGCCGACUACCAGCUCACCAAGCUCCUUGGCCUCCGUCCCUCCGUCAAGCGUCUCAUGAUGUACCAGCAGGGCUGCUUCGCCGGCGGCACCGUCCUCCGCCUCGCCAAGGACCUCGCCGAGAACAACCGCCACGCUCGCGUUCUCGUGGUCUGCUCCGAGAUCACCGCCGUCACCUUCCGUGGCCCCUCCGACACCCACCUUGAUUCCCUCGUCGGCCAGGCCCUCUUCAGCGACGGUGCAGCUGCAGUCAUCGUCGGCGCUGACCCCGAUACCUCCGCCGGGGAGAGGCCCCUCUUCGAGAUGGUGUCGGCGGCGCAGACCAUCCUCCCGGACUCGGACGGAGCCAUAGACGGGCACCUGAGGGAGGUCGGGCUGACGUUCCACCUGCUGAAGGACGUGCCUGGCCUCAUCUCCAAGAACAUCGAGAAGAGCCUCUCGGAGGCAUUCAGCCCACUGGGCAUCAGCGACUGGAACUCCAUCUUCUGGAUCGCACACCCCGGUGGUCCGGCCAUCCUCGACCAGGUGGAAGCCAAGCUCGGUCUGAAGCCCGACAAGAUGCGAGCCACACGCCACGUCCUCAGCGAGUACGGCAACAUGUCGAGUGCCUGCGUCCUCUUCAUCCUGGACGAAAUGCGUCGGAAGUCGGCGGAAGAGGGAGCCGCCACCACCGGAGAGGGCUUGGACUGGGGAGUGCUGUUCGGCUUCGGACCCGGUCUUACCGUCGAGACCGUCGUCCUCCACAGUCUCCCCAUCCAAUCAUCCCCCGCUUCUUAAUAUCUCAAUAUUAAUAUCUUAAAUAAGGAUUUCGAUGUGUCAUGUCUCCACUGGGGACGCUCCAUAUGGUAUUUGUGUAAGGAUUUUGUUAAUGCCUUGUCUCUUUACUCUUCAUGCUCUUAUGUCUGUGCUCGUCACUCCUUUGGCAAUGAAAUGGGAAUAUGAUUGAAUUCUUC